ACGGCGGGGAGGGGCAAGCGCCGCUCCCGCGAGGGCCAGCACGGUGAGCACCCCUUGCGUGUCCUUACCAGGCGCAAGGCACGUGUAGGCAUCGCCUAAAGCUUUAGCCGUAGACACGCUGCCUGUAUUGCGCGUUACAGAAGCGAGUUAGAGUAUGGAUAGGCCAUGCUGAGCGUAUUUUCCUGAAGGAGCCACUGACACGUGAGAACAUAUGGUUGGAAUCUUGUACAGUAUCACCAUACGCUGUCUUUGCAAGUUAUUUUUCUCUUAAUGUUGGUAUCAGGACAUGUAUUUAUGUUAUAUCAGGAGCCUUCUCUGGUAGGACCUUGCUCUUUAUGAUUCAGAAGCACAAACGUGACACGCAAAACUACUGUAGCUGAGACUAGUGCUGGAGCUGUGAAGCUCCUCAGAGCACACAACUCUAGCUACUUCAGCAGUUCUUUGGCUGUGUAUUAUGUCCAUCAUCAUACCAUCUCUCGUAAAACAGCACCUGGUCUAAGAUCGCUGUCAAAGUUGCAAUACCUUGCACAACAUGCCCCAUGGUUUCUUGAAAAAUGCGUUCUCCACAUCUGCAGUUACACUGUCGUUCUAGCAUGCCACUGGACCAGUAAAACUGUUUCCUGUGGUAGGAAGCUUAUAUACAAGGGAAAACAGACUAAUGAGAGCUGCACCCAGAUUUGGAUUGUGUGCUGAGGAUUGUUGCCAGAGUUGCUUCUUCUGGCUUCUUGCAGUGUCCCUCGUGCUUACCCGGUUACUGUGCUCCGAUACAUCCAAAAAACACUUUGUCUCUGUCAACUUCCUUGGAUAUUGGGUUGAGUAACUGGAGCUUCCUGUACGUCACUGUCUCCCUCUACACGAUGACCAAAUCCUCUGCCAUUCUCUUCAUCCUGCUUUUUUCACUGCUCUUCAAGCUGGAGGAAGUGAGGGUGGCAUUGCUGUUGGUGGUUCUGCUCAUCGCUGGGGGCCUCUUCAUGUUCACCUACAAGUCCACACAGUUCAACACACAGGGGUUCGUGCUGGUGCUGUGUGCCUCCUUCCUUGGGGGUAUUCGCUGGACUCUCACACAGAUACUUGUGCAGAAGGCUGAACUGGGGCUCGAGAACCCCAUUGAUAUCAUGUUUCACCUGCAGCCGCUCAUGUUCCUGGGGCUCUUCCCACUCUUUGCGGUGUUUGAGGGCCUGCCUUUGUCCGUAUCAGAGAAGCUCUUCCGUUUCCAUGAAGCAGGAAUACUGUUCUCUCUGUUAGGAAAGCUGUUCUUGGGUGGAAUUCUUGCCUUUGGUCUAGGCUUUUCUGAGUUCCUCUUGGUUUCCAGAACAUCUAGCCUCACCCUGUCCAUUGCUGGCAUUUUUAAGGAAAUCUGCAUUUUAUUCCUCGCUACACAUUUGCUGGGAGACCGCCUCAGUCUCCUGAACUGGCUGGGCUUUGCUGUCUGUCUGUCAGGAAUCUCCCUUCAUGUCAUUCUCAAAGCCAUGAAUUCCAAAGGGGAAAAAGCACAGAAGCUACACAAAGGGACGAGCUCUGACCCUGACCUGGAGCUGCUGCUGCACCACACAGAACAUGGCGAGGAGGAGGAAGAGGAUGUUAAGACCCCACAACAACACUGACUGAACGUGAAGCACAAAAUCCCCUGUUCAGUUCUUACCAAGCCUGCCUAACAGCUGUCUAGGAGUAAGGUCCAAGAGUCUCUGUGACCACCCAAAUGAGAGGCAGGUCCUGAUGAGAGAGUCCUGGUGUUCUACUACAGAGUGGAUCUGUAGAUGCUGCACAAGAAACAGGAAACAUCCCUGUCACAGAGAGCGAACUUGGAAGAUGAGCCCUUGUUCAGUGGAAACAGAACAGUGUGAUGAUACUGUAGAAAGCUUAUUAGGGAAUCCUGAAGGCUGUAUGUGGAGAGUGUAGACUGUGAGCUGUAGAAUGAGUGUGCAUAUGUGUGGACUGCAGGCUGAGUUGUUCAGAGAUGAUUUUAGUGUUUUUAGGCUUUGGCUUCAAAAGAGAAGGUGGAUAUGCUUUCUCAUACUUUAUGGUUCUGCUGGUAGGAACUCUCAUCUUGGUGGAAGCAGAUGAUCCGUAGACUUAUCCCAGUGAGAAGAAGCCUUUGUGCCUGGUGACCUCCAUGUUCUGUGUGCAUAGCAAGGAGAGAAUUAAAAUGCUGGUGUUUGGGACCAAUUUAACAGACAGAUUAUGUUGGUUGGAGAAAAGACUGGGAUGCAUGGCCCUACAGGCCAAGGAGAGAGAAAGUAGUAUCAUGGGAGAUCUAGCUUAAGCAAUAAGCUUAUCAGAAAGUAUGUGUGUAUUUGAGGAGGGGGGAUUUUUUGUUUUUUAAAAUAAACUAUUUCUGAUUCUC